GUCAUUGUUUGAUCCCACAAAGACCUCCAUUUCUUCAAUUUAAAGCUUCUUAUCCAAUAAUUGUGACAUCCAGGUCCCAGUAGGAGUUGUUUCCCACAAAGGGUAAAUAGAAAGUGAGAUAAAUAGGAGGGCAAAAGAGAUGGAUUCGAGCAAUAGCAGAAGAACAGGAGGUAAAAGCAGUGUUGUUGCAGGCUCAGUGUGGGAAACCAGGAUGAAAAGUGAUGAAUUCAAAGGUGGGAUCAAGGUCUUCAAUGAAGAAGAAAACGGCAAUGGUGAGGGAAACAAUGCUGGUGGUGAUAAAAGGUUGAGCUUGAAGAAAGGGCAAACCUUUGGGGGUGUAGGUGUUAGUGGGAAGAGAAAGACAUGGAAAAGUGAAAGCUUUGAAGGGUUGGAGAAGAACCCAAUUAGGGUAGCUAAAGGAAGAUCCAUGGAGCAUUGCAAAGACUUGAGCUUGUCUGUUGAUGGGAUUAAGAAGGUUUCUCCUACUCAAGUCAAGAAAGGGACUAGGGAUCUUAGUAAAUCUGUUGAUGGAAUUGAGAGAACCCCAAUUCAUAGUAAGAAGUUAAGAUCUGAUGUUGCUAAAAAGGGUGUUGAGAUGAGCAGCAAAGAUGGUAUUGAAUCAGGCGAGGGAUUAGAGGGGAAUUCAGUGAAGGCCUCAGCUCAAUCUUGUGAUGAAAAUGGAAAUGAUGAUAAAGUUUUAGUUUUUGAUGAUGAAAAGAUUGAAGGGAGUGACAAGGACUCAAAUGAAAACUUGAAGGAUGAAUCUGACUGUGAGGAGCAUUGCAAAAAGUGUGGUGUGUGCCAAGAAAUGGUCAUUUCAAGCAAUGGUGAUGAUGAAGAAGAUGAAGAAAUGGAGGGACUUGGGGAUGAAAAGAAAAGCUUUGACAUUAAGGAAAUGAAUGUACCAGAGGUGGAGAAGAAGCCUAACAAAAUUGCUAAUGAAAUAAAGCCCAAUAAAGCUGUUAAUGAAGUGAAAAAGUUGCAAGAAGAUAACGAGCCUAGCAAAGUUACUAAUGGAGUGAAGAAAACUAGCCAAUUCCCUAUCAAAGCUGCACCAUUUUCUCCAACUCUGAACAAGCAGCCACCACCAGUUGUAAAGCAUGCUACCCUUUAUGACGAUUACCAUUAUCAAAGUUUCCCACAAACUCAGGACCAAUUGCACAAUUUAGUUGAUUUAGUAAUGUGGAGGGAUGUAUCGAAAUCGGCAUUAAUCUUCGGGGUCGGAACAUUCAUCAUCAUUUCAUCAUCUUACACACAAGACCUCGACAUCAGCUGCAUUACAGUAACUUCCUAUGUGGGACUUGUUUACCUUGCUGCUAUAUUCCUUUACAGAUCAAUCAUCUGCAGGGGAGUUGUGGAUGUAGAUGAAUCAAGGUGUGUGGUUGGAGAAGAAGAAGCAAUUUGGGUACUUAAAUUGGUUCUUCCUUAUUUGAACGAGUUCUUAUUAAAGCUGAGAGCACUUUUUUCUGGUGAUCCUUAUACUACAAUGAAGUUGGCAGUGCUACUGUUUGUUUUGGCCAGAUGUGGCAGCUCCAUAACUGUCUGGAAAAUGGCUAAAUUGGGGUUUUUUGGAGUUUUCACUGUUCCAAAAGUCUGCUCUUCUUAUUCCCACCAAUUAACUGCCUACGGAAAAUUUUGGAUUGGACGCAUUGAAGAUGCAUGGGAGACAUGCACACAUAAAAAAGCAGUGGCAGUGGCCAUCUUCACCCUGGUUUGGAACCUAACUUCAAUUGUUGCUCGCAUUUGGGCUGCUUUCAUGCUAUUUGUGGCCUGGCGAUACUAUCAACAAAAAAUGGUGGGCGAGGAGGAUUGGGUGGAGGCUGAAAUUGGGCCUACCAAUGGAGAAUCAUACCAAGCACCACCAAAUCCAAUGGGAAGAAAACUAAGACAUGGUGUUGUUGGGCCAUCUAAAAUGCUACCAAAUAAAUUAAAGAAAAGAUCCUAACAUUCAUAUAUAUAUAUCACAUCACAUGUUUUGGACACUUUCUUCUUUGCUUCACUUCAGUUUUUUAAUAUAUAUAGUUUUAUAGUGAUAGUAA